AGGGGAGGCGUGUGCGCGACAACGCUGGGGUCUUUUCCAGUGCUUGUGCACGGCCGAAACUUCCAGGGCUUGGCCUUAGUGAGUGGAUCGUCCGUCUCUCCCGAGGCUGAGACGAAAAGCGGCUGAGUUGAGUGCGACGUGGGGGCGGCGCAAGCAGCAUGGCGGCGGUACCGCAGUCGAUGCCUGGGACGGCACCACCGGGCGAACCUCCAGAUCCCAGGCUGGAUUGGAUUGAGACAAGAGUAUGCAGCUCGCUGGAGGUGAAAACUGAGAAGUUUCGUGUCCUCCUCAAGACGGAGGAACCCAGGCUUAUGCUCGACGACUUCCUGGAUCAAGUGGACAGCCCGCGCAUUUUCAUUUUCGAAGACAAGCAAAAUGACUUGCAAGCUUCUAGAGUUCCUCCAUCCAAAAUAAAAAAGAAAGUGGUUUACUUUGUGAAGCUGAGCAGUGUGGUGAUUACGAAAGACAACAUAGCACAAGAACUCACUUAUGGCGAGAUCUCAGAGAACCCACUUGAGCAACUAUCAACAUUAAGCCAAGAGGUGUUCCUUCCACUUCUUUGCAGUUCGAAGAACCAGGUUGGUUGGCCAGAGGUUAUCGUGAAAGAUGUCAUGGACACGAUGCAUAAGUUCAUUGCCAGUGUGUAUGUUACAAUUGGCCAAAUUAAAGGGAAGACACUGCUGCCACUCCCACCCAGUGAGCUUGAUGGAGAGGUUGACCGGACACCUCGGGACAAGGAGAAAAUUCAUGUUCUUGAAAGCGCUAUUGUUACAUGGACAAGGCAAAUAAAAAACGUGCUGAAGACAGAUCCUGAGACAAUAUUAAAAGAGGGGUCGAACCCUGGACCUUUGGCAGAGCUGGAAUUCUGGCAAGAGAAGGCGGCAAACUUGAACUCAAUCUAUGAGCAGCUUUCGGGUGAGAGAGUGCGCAAGGAACUAUCGUACAUGCCCAUACAUGCACAGAAAGAAGGGGAGAGGUAGUGGAGUGUCACACCGCCCAACAAAAGGAACGCAGCGGA